GGGGCUUUGCAGUGCACCCAAGGACAGUUGGCAGUAAGUCACCUCCUGGCUGGGGCUGCCUGAGACUCUCCAUGGCCCUGGGAAGAUGUGUUGCGGAAGGUUGGACGUUGGAGAGAGCGGCAGUGAAACAGGUCUCCUGGUUCCUGAUCUACAGCUGUGUCUGCUCUUGUGUCUGCUGGGGAGUCUCAGUCCCAGAGCAAGGAGGAGGAGGGCAGAAGGCUGGAACAUUCACCUGUCUCAGCAACAGUAUUUACAGGAUCGACUGCCACUGGUCAGCUCCAGAGCUGGGCCAGGAAUCCAGGGCCUGGCUCCUCUUUACCAGUAACCAGGUGACUGACAUCAAGCACAAAUGCACCUUCCAGGACAGUAUGUGUACCCUGGUGCUGCCUAAAGAGGAGGUGUUCUUACCUUUUGACAACUUCACCAUCACACUUCACCGCUGCAUCAUGGGACAGGAACAGGUCAGCCUGGUGGACUCAGAGUACCUGCCCAGGAGACACAUCAAGUUGGAUCCACCCUCUGAUCUGCAGAGCAAUGUCAGCUCUGGGCGUUGUGUCCUGACCUGGGGUGUCAGUCAUGCCCUGGAGCCAUUGAUCACAUCCCUCAGCUAUGAACUGGCCUUCAAGAGGCAGGAAGAGGCCUGGGAGCAGGCCCGGCACAAGGACCGUAUCGUUGGAGUGACCUGGCUCAUCCUUGAAGCCGUCGAACUGAAUCCCGGUUCCAUCUACGAGGCCAGGCUGCGUGUCCAGAUGACUUUGGAGAGCUACGAGGAGAAGACAGAGGGGGAAUAUUAUAAGAGCCAUUGGAGCGAGUGGAGCCAGCCUGUGUCCUUUCCUUCUCCCCAGAGGAGACAGGGCCUCCUGGUCCCACGCUGGCAGUGGUCAGCCAGCAUCCUUGUUGUUGUGCCCAUCUUUCUUCUGCUGACUGGCUUUGUCCACCUUCUGUUCAAGCUGUCACCCAGGGUGAAGAGAAUCUUUUACCAGAACAUUCCGUCUCCCGAGGCGUUCUUCCAUCCUCUUUACAGUGUGUACCAUGGGGACUUCCAGACUUGGACAGGGGCCCGCAGAGCCGGACCACAAGCAAGACAGAGUGGUGUCAGUACUUCAUCAGCAGGCUCAGAGUCCAGCAUCUGGGAGGCCGUCGCCACACUCACCUAUAGCCCAGCAUGCCCUGUGCAGUUUGCCUGCCUGAAGUGGGAGGCCACAGCCCCUGGCUUCCCAGGGCCCCCAGGCUCAGAGCAUGUGCUGCCGGCAGGGUGUCUGGAGUUGGAAGGACAGCCAUCUGCCUACCUGCCCCAGGAGGACUGGGCCCCACUGGGCUCUUCCAGGCCCCCUCCUCCAGACUCAGACAGCGGCAGCAGCGACUAUUGCAUGUUGGACUGCUGUGAGGAGUGCCACCUCUCAGCCUUCCCAGGACACACCCAGAGUCCUGAGCUCACACUAGCUCAGCCUGUGGCCCUUCCUGUGUCCAGCAGGGCCUGACACCUACCAAGGGAUGUGGGCAUUCUCCUCCCUCCUAUUCUCGGAUGGCACCAGACACAGUCUCAGCGAAUCUCUGCUAGGUGUACCAUGUCUGUUUUGGGGAGAUGAACGAAAGGCCCCAGGCUGACCCUUGGGUGCGUGUGGAACUCCUGAGAGGAGGCAGCUGUGCACGGGUCAGAGGCUAUGCGGAUGGAAGCAGUAGUCUGUGUCUUACCCCCCUGCUCUGCCUCUGUGGUGGGGAUGCCUCCAGGGUCUGCAUCUUAACAAUCACCUUCUCUUCUCUUGUCUUUCUGGCUCUGUCCCAGGCCUGAAAAAAGAAUGUGACAAGCAGCCUGGUCUGUUCUUCCAUCCCUAAAGGGCUAGCCUGAGCCCAGGGACACUGAUGAGACAACACUGGUGAAGUGUCCUUUUUCAGUGCCUUUCCCGAUAAGACCAGAAGGGACACUUUUGACUGCAGGCUGUGGGUGGCUGGGUACGGAGGGAAUGGUGGAGCUUUGAGCAGGUGGGGUUGUCCAUCUUUGAGCUUUUGGGGUUCCAAGAUCAGCUGGAAGGAGUCUCACUGACUGAUUCAAAGAAGUCUUACCCAUCUGUGAUAUUUUCUUUCCUGGUGCUGCGAUAAAACACCGUGACCAAAAAUGACUUAGAAAAGGAAGAGUUGGCUUGGUUUGAGGUUCCGGAGGUGUGGAGACAUGGCAGCCAGCGGCACACGUGGCAGUGAGGACGGGAAGCUGGUGUGAAGCAGAGUGAACUGAAAGUACUGUCCCCUCCCCCACCCCAACCCUAGCAAGGCUCCACCUCCUGAAGGUUCCAUGCCUCCCCUAAACAGCGCGGCCAAAUAGAGACCAAGUGUUCAAAUAUCUGAGUCUGUGGGGGACAUUUUUCAUUCAAACCACUUCACUGCCACCACUGUUCCUAGGAAAAAGCUGAAGCCAGGGCUACUGGACAGGGUUGGGAAUGGCUAUUUCUCAGCAGCCGGCCUGUGAAGAACGCCCGAUGCCCCUAACUGCCUUUGUGAGGUAGCCUGGAGAGAGCUGUGGGUGGGCUAGAAUGUGGCUGUUAUUUUCCUAGGCUUGCCCUAACAGAAUACCAGAAACCGGGUGGCUAAUACCGUAGAUUUAUUUUCUCUCUGCUCUGAGGUCCAUGGGUCUGGAAUGGAGACACCAGGAAGGUCAUGCUCCCGGAGGGAAGGGUUUGUUUCCAGCCCUGCUUCACAUUCCCCUCUGAGUGUCCUCUUGCGCACUGAGACUAGAUGCCACCCAAUGAUGGGGACAGGUUGUGUCUCAGACUCUUGCAUGUAAGCAGAGAUUGUGACCUAGAAGGCCAAAACAGGCUGAGCAGAUGGCCACGUUUGUGCAGAUUUGGAGCCAUAAAGCACUGGCCUAACAGAAGUCCUCUUGCUUCUUGAGGGGCUCUUAAAGGGCAAGCGUGGGAACAAUGUCAGUGUGAGGAUGAUUUCCAAGCCUGUGACACCGUGCAAGAGACGGUCGGACUACUUCGCGGGGUCCAUGGAGAGCAGAGAGGAACUGCAGCAUUGUGAGCUCAGAGCUGGUGUCCUGGGAGGGCUCACAAUGCUGACCCCAGG